UAGUCGUUGCGUGAUACCAAGCAUUUCAGCGACUCGCUGUUGGAAAAUCUGGUCCCGGGACUGCAGAUGAAAGGAAGGGAAAGAGAGCGAGUGAGUGGACGGCUCGCGGGAAGUGCUGACCACGCCUCUCUAUCGUGCUGCAUCUUGCAUGCCGCCAGCUUAUCGAUACCAAGCCAUCGCCGUCGUUAUCACCUGUAUCAGACCUAUCACCCCACUCCGUCUUAUGCAGCUUGUCAACUCCCGUCCUCGACGACGUCAAAGAUGUUCCUUUUGGACCUCGUGCCGUCGACUCCUCUCGACAACGGUCCGCAAGCCCUCCAAUCUGCCUCUGCCCCAGCGUCGCAUGUAUCGUCCGUUACCGUACAUUGUCAGCCGAUGUCUCCGAUCGAUCGAUGUGCCGUGUCUUGUGUAUGGGACGUGGGAACAUCUCCUGGCGCUGGUUAGCUCGAGGGAUCUCGGAACCAGCAAUGACAUGCUACUGCUGCACAAAUGGAUCGAUAUGGUAAGGAGAGCGUCCAAGAUGUCCAUGUCGGACGGGUGGUCGCACAUCUCAUGAUCUCGAGAUGCCUACCACAACUCUGCAGGAGCGGUAGACGGAAAGCCUCCGAACGUGGUGAGAUUCGAAGAAGCUGCCGUAUCGUGGCAUCAAAGUGUCAAUACGCCUCCGUCCCAUAACGGUACCCUACUUUGCGUUUUCGGGAGUGUGCGCCGAGAACGAGCUGUCGGUGCAAGGUUGUAAACUUGUUUCUUUACAAGU